GUCGCAAUUUGAGACAUCAAUCUAAACCUUCCGCUAAUACAACUGUAGGUCUCUGUUGUAUUACAUUUUCCUGGCAGUUACCAUACUAUUCACUUAUAUACUGCGCGACAGUCAGCACCCCCACGCCAGAGAAGAUUUACACCAUCUCAGCAUGGCAGCGACCUUCUUCGCAACGCUCAUACCCGGCGACGGCCCCUGCAAUUACGCCAAGUUCAUGACUAAAAUGUGUGCCAACUUCGAGCGAGUAGCCCGGACAGUCCUUGAGCGAGAACAAAAGGCGCUCAAGUCAAGCGAUAAACCUCACCAGCCCGGGGCGCCAUCCGUGACCACCUCACCCAAGGAGCAAGUAUCCUAUUCGCCCUCUGCCGGCAACAUUGACAUCCCUCAACUCGAAGGCCUCCCACACAUCAACUCGUCGGGUUAUGUUGUUCCUGAGAGCCCUAGCGCUGCUUCGGUAGACGCCCCCACUGGGGACCAAUCUACUGUGAACGAUCCCCUCUUAGGCGGGUUCUCAGUGAGCCAGCCACAUGAAAGCACAAGUGCAACGAUCCAGCCGAGCUACCCCUAUCCUAUGGGCGACACUUUUCCGGCCUCUAUGGCCGACAACAUACACCAGCCAGAACUGUGGCAAAUUCCAAUGACGGCUGACUGGGAGUUUGGCAGUCAGUUCCUGAGCCUUUUCGGUCCACAAUUAUUUGCUCAAGGGGGUAGCGAUGUCAUGUCGGCAAUGGCCGGGAUGACAGCACCACCAAUGCCUUCGGCGCCAAUGAACAUGGGGUUCGACUACGAGAAUUCCGAUAAUGUGGAGGGCUAUCCCCCAUGGAUGCCCCGGGGAUUCAUGAACCUCUUCUAAUCAAUCGACCAGCAGGGGACUGAACCCUUGUUUUGAUCACUGAGAAUGCAGUUUCAGCGACAUCUUGCAUCCUGCUCUAGUAUUCGACGUGGGACGCCCAUCGAUAUCGAGCCAUAAGCAGAUAUGAUGUAUAUACAUUUGUCUGUAUCCUAACGAAUUGACGACAAUUAAUACCGGUCACUCCAUUCUAAAAUCAUGAUAGCAGCAUCUUCCCAAUACCCACUGUAUAUAUCAAAUUGAAGAACAGUUACCACAGUCUGUACCCUUCGGGCGAAUCGAAGCCUGUCGAAAACACAUCUUCCAGAAUCAAGGA